UGCAUCAACACACCUUGCAGAGUCGAGGAGACGAUCGCUGAGAAGGAGCUUGCCCAAGGCUACUACUGAGCGAGUUUUGGUGCCUCUGAGGCAGUUCAUACGCAUCUCUCUUCACUCAAGGAAGGAUUGGUACGCUUUGUCAGGAGGAGAAAGGCCGACAGUGUUGCGGCCCAGACCCUCCAGGCAUUCCUCCAUACCCACAAUGGUGAAGCAGAACGCUGCUGAGAAGCGUCCUCCUGGGAAGGAGCAAGAGGCAGAUGCAAAGAGCAGCAGCCGCCUCUCCGGACAGCCCAGGCCGGACAAGAUUCGUCGCCGUUCAUGGAGACAGCGAGUGCAAGACUCAGGCAUCAAGACAGGAAAACCCAUACGGCUCAACCGCGUGCCACUGCUGCGUGCUGAGACCAGCAGCCUCAGAACCACCACUCAGGAGGUGUCAGGGCUGUCCCAGGGCGUGGUGCCGGUCAGCAGCAGCAGCAAGAGCUGCAGCUCGCCCUGCCGAAAGCAGGCCUUGAAGCGAGGCCACCCACAGGGAGCCAGAGAGCCACAGGCACCCGAGAGCCCGCUGGCAAAGCGCCGCAGGAUGGACGAUGUGCCAGCCCAGAGCGCCAAGACCAGCAGCUUCAGCACCAGCAGCCAGGUGGCAUCGAGGCUGUCCCAGGACUCUCAGUCAUCCAGGAGACAAACAGCCCCAUACAGACCACCCUGGCUCUUCCUCCACCCCCAGCCUGGGCCAAUUCGUAUGAGGCACAUCUGGCAGCAACAACGGCGAGAGAAAAAGCCCUACAGUCGUCCUCAAAACCAGAGCAGGACCAGAGGAGCAUCAGUCCCUGGUCCUCGCCCCCCUCACCCCUCAAAAUAAAAUUUUCUGUUUGUUUGAA